AUGAUGAUGACGUACGCUCUGCAAAGUAGACUGGCCUUCUGCACAUUUCGCUGGGCGGAGGCAGAUCCGUGGCGGCGGCUCAGUUCCUUUGCAUGCAGAAGAAGGAGCUACUUUCAGUUGCCGGCAGGGAAGGAGACGCCCCUCCCUGGAGAAGACUCGGGGGGGGGGGGCGGUGUAUGUGAAGCUUGCACAGCUGGACAACUCUCUGCUCGGGCCUCCCCCCUCUCCCACCCUCAUUUCGACAGGGCUGCUCUUGUUCGUAGCUCUAUUGGCAGACGCAUUCGGAAAGGAAGCCGAAGCACUUCGGGAAUGUCCAAGCCGAAGGGGAGGGGGAGGGGGAGGGGAGGAGCCCCUCCCUCCGAGGGGGCGCGUCCUUGGAGAGCCCCCAGGAAAGGAAAUCGGAAUAGAAUAGCGGACGAGGGAAGCGGAGGGCCAGAGAGGACAAAGAGGUAAUGCUGGAGGGCGGGGAAGGGGGAGAAAGAAAGGGGGCAGAGACCCCCCCCCCAAGAACAACUCCCUUCCUGGGCGAUAUCUGCACAGGCCCCGAACCAUGCGAUCCGGCUGCAGAGGAGGAGGAAAAGGAGAAAACAAAUAGGAUUUCCUCCCCCCACCCCGUCGAAAGAACACAAUGGAGAAGGCAGUCAGAACUCUGGGGGGCCCAUGUCCAAUGUGAAUAACGAAUAAACCACUAAAAUGCAUGGAGUGUGGCAAGAGAAAGAAGAAUCAAUUUGAAAGUAUGGAGUGUGGGAAGAGCUUCAGUGACAGUGGAACACUAAGAAGACAUAAACAGACGCACACAGGAGAGAAACCAUUUAAUUGCAUGGAGUGUGGAAAAAGCUUCACUGACAGUGGAACACUUAGAAAACAUCAUCGGACUCACACGGGGGAGAAACCAUUUAAAUGCAUGGAGUGUGGAAAGUGCUUCAGUAGGAGUGACAACCUGAAUUUGCAUCAUCAGACUCACACAGGACAGAAACCAUUUAAAUGCAUGGAGUGUGGAAAGUGCUUCACUGUUAGUGGAAAACUUAGAAUUCAUCAAUGGACUCACACGGGGGAGAAACCAUUUAAAUGCAUCGAGUGUGGAAAGUGCUUCAGUAGGAGUGACACCCUGAAUUUGCAUCAUCAGACUCACACAGGAGAGAAACCAUUUAAAUGCAUGGAGUGUGGAAAGAGCUUCAGUUGGACUGGAGACCUUAGAAAACAUCAACGGACUCACACGGGGGAGAAACCAUUUAAAUGUAUGGAGUGUGGAAAGAGCUUCAGUCAGAGUGGAGGCCUUAGGAAACAUCAACGGACUCACACGAGAGAGAAACCAUUUAAAUGCAUGGAGUGUGGAAAGAGCUUCAGUCAGAGUGGAGGCCUUAGGAAACAUCAACGGACUCACACGAGAGAGAAACCAUUUAAAUGCAUGGAGUGUGGAAAGAGCUUCAGUGAGAGUGGAGGCCUGAAUUCACACCAUCAAAAUCACACAGGAGAGAAACCAUUUAAAUGUAUGGAGUGUGGAAAGAGCUUCAGUCAGAGUGGAGGCCUUAGAAGUCAUCAGCGAACUCACACAGGAGAGAAACCAUUUAAAUGUAUGGAGUGUGGAAAGAGCUUCAGUGUGAGUGGAAACCUUAGAAGACAUCAACGGACUCACAUAGGGGAGAAACCAUAUAAAUGCAUGGAGUGUGGAAAGAGCUUCAGUCAGAGUGGACACCUUAGAGUUCAUCAAAGGACUCACAUGGGGGAUAAACCAUUUAAAUGUAUGGAGUGUGGAAAGAGCUUCAGUGAGAGUGGAAACCUUAGAGUUCAUCAAAGGACUCACAUGGGAGAUAAACCAUUUAAAUGCAUGGAGUGUGGAAAGAGCUUCAGUCAGAGUGGACACCUUAGAGUUCAUCAAAGGACUCACAUGGAGGAUAAACCAUUUAAAUGCAUGGAGUGUGGAAAGAGCUUCAGUGAGAGUGGAAACCUUAGAGUUCAUCAAAGGACUCACAUGGGGGAUAAACCAUUUAAAUGCAUGGAGUGUGGAAAGAGCUUCAGUCAGAGUGGACACCUUAGAGUUCAUCAAAGGACUCACAUGGGGGAUAAACCAUUUAAAUGCAUGGAGUGUGGAAAGAGCUUCAGUCAGAGUGGAAACCUUAGAGUUCAUAAAAGGACUCACACGGGGGAGAAACCAUUUAAAUGCAUGAAGUGUGGAAAGAGCUUCACUAGUAGCCGAAACCUUAGAAUUCAUCAACAGACUCACAUGGGAAAGAAACCAUUUAAAUGCAUGGAGUGUGGAAAGAGCUUCAAAUGUAGUGGACACCUUAGAAGUCAUCAACGGACUCACACAGGGGAGAAACCAUUUAAAUGUAUGGAGUGUGGGAAGAGCUUCAGUCAGAGUGGAACACUAAGAAUUCAUCAAGGGAGUCACACGGGGGAGAAACCAUUUCAAUGCAUGGAGUGUGGAAGGAGCUUCACUUGUAGUGCAACACUAAGAAUACAUAAACGGACUCACACGGGGGAGAAACCAUAUAAAUGUAUGGAGUGUGGAAAAAGCUUCACUGAUCGUGGAACACUUAGAAUGCACCAUCGAAUUCACACAGGGGAAAAACCAAAUAAAUGUAUGGAGUGUGGAAAGAGCUUCAGUCAGAGUGGACAUCUUAGAAUUCAUCAACGGACUCACACGGGGGAGAAACCAUUUCAAUGCAUGGAGUGUGGAAAGAGCUUCAGUGAGAAUGGACACCUUAGAAUUCAUCAACGGACUCACACGGGGGAGAAACCAUUUCAAUGCAUGGAGUGUGGAAAGAGCUUCAGUGGGAGUGGACACCUUAGAAUUCAUCAACGGACUCACACGGGGGAGAAACCAUUUAAAUGCAUGGAGUGUGGAAAGAGCUUCAGUGAGAGUGGACACCUUAGAAUUCAUCAACGGACUCACACGGGGGAGAAACCAUUUAAAUGCAUGGAGUGUGGAAAUAGCUUUAUUGACAGUGGAACACUUCGAAAACAUCAAUGGACUCACAUGGGGGAGAAACCAUUUCAAUGCAUGGAGUGUGGAAAGAGCUUCAGUCAGAAUGGAUCCCUUAGAAUUCAUCAACGGACUCACACAGGGGAGAAACCAUUUAAAUGUGUGGAGUGUGGAAAGAGCUUCAGUCGGAAAGGACACCUUAGAAGUCAUCAACGGACUCACACGGGGGAGAAACCAUUUAAAUGCAUGGAGUGUGGGAACAGCUUCAGGGAGAGUGGACACCUUAGAAUUCAUCAACGGACUCACACGGGGGAGAAACCAUUUAAAUGCAUGGAGUGUGGAAAGAGCUUUAUUGACAGUGGAACACUUCAAAAACAUCAACGGACUCAUACGGGGGAUAAACCAUUUCAGUGCAUAGAGUGUGGAAGGAGCUUCACUUGUAAUGUAACACUAAGAAUACAUAAACGGACUCACACGGGGGAGAAACCAUUUAAAUGUAUGGAAUGUGGGAAGAGCUUCAGUCAGAGUGGACACCUUAGAAACCAUCAUCGGACUCACACGGGGGAGAAACCAUUUCAAUGCAUGGAGUGUCGAAGGAGCUUCACUUGUAGUGCAACACUAAGAAUACAUAAACGGACUCACACGGGGGAGAAACCAUUUAAAUGUAUGGAGUGUGGAAAGAGCUUCACUACAAGUGGAAACCUUAGAAACCAUCAACGGACUCACACAGGAGAGAAAGCAUUUAAAUGCAUGGAGUGUGGAAAGAGCUUCACUACAAGUGGAAACCUUAGAAAGCAUAAUCGAACGCACAGAGGGGAGAAACCAUUUAAAUGUAUGGAGUGUGGAAAGAUCUUCAGUCGGAGUGGACACCUUAGAAACCAUCAUCUGACUCACACGGGGGAGAAACCAUUUCAAUGCAUGGAGUGUGGAAGGAGCUUCACUUGUAGUGCAACACUAAGAAUUCAUCAACGGACUCACACAGGGGAGAAACCAUUUAAAUGCAUGGAGUGUGGAAAGAGCUUCACUUGUAGUGCAACACUAAGAAUUCAUCAACGGACUCACACAGGGGAGAAACCAUUUGAAUGUAUGGAGUGUGGAAAGAGCUUCAGUCAGAGUGGAGACCUUAGAAAACAUCAACGGACUCACACAGGAGAGAAACCAUUUAAAUGCAUGGAGUGUGGAAAGAGCUUCACUAUAAGUGGAAACCUUAGAAAGCAUCAUCGAACUCACACAGGGGAGAAACCAUUUAAAUGUAUGGAGUGUGGAAAGAGCUUCAGUCGGAGUGGAGACUUUAGAAAACAUCAACAAACUCAUACAGGGGAGAAACCAUAUAAGUGCUAGGGAAGUGAACAGAUAAAUUUUUUG